AUGGCAUCUUCGAAGCAAGUUGGUAAAAUGGCCUCAAAAUUGAAAGCAGCUGCAUCUAAAGUUAUUCUUCAACCAUAUUUUCAAAUGGAUAUUCCAGCUGGUCAAGCAAGUCCAGCUCCACCACUUGGUCCUAUACUUGGUCAACAUUCAUUAAAUAUUGCACAUUUUUGUAAAGAUUUUAAUGAAAGAACAAAAGAUUAUAAAGAAGGAAUACCUUUACCAUGUCAUGUUUAUGUUAAACCUGAUCGAACAUAUGAAUUAGUUUUUUAUACACCAACAAUUGAACAUCUUCUCUUACAAGCAGCUGGUCUUAAACGACCAGCACUUAAUAUUGGCAAAGAACCUGGUGGUCGAAUAAGUGUUAAACAUAUCUAUGAAAUAGCUAAAGUAAAAAUUCAAGAUGAACCAUAUCAAGGUUUAACAAUGAAAGAAAUGUGUCGUAUAUUAAUUCAACAUGCAAAUAAAAUUGGUAUGGAAGUUGUUAGUACAUUAAAUAUUGAAGAACAAACAAAAUAUAUGGAAGAAUUACGUAUACUUCAUGAAAAACAAGCUAAAGAAGCUGAAGAAGCUCAACAAGCAAAACUUUUACGUGGAGCUACUGCUACUGCUGAAAAAAGUGGCAAAAAAUAA